AUGAAGGCACGUCGUCGUUUGGCGCUGCACAAACACCAGCAGUCGCCUUCCAAUUCACACAAAGAGCGCGGUGAGAAGGCUGCGCUCGCGGCGGCCAUGAUGUCGGCCGCACCAUCGCCUCGUGUCAUCAACGCUGCGCCCUCGCUCGAAAAGGCCGAAAUGUACGGCAUCGACGACAACCGUCCCGUUUUUAGUCGGGCCAUGGCCCUCGCUGGUCGCAUGUUCAUUGAGACCAUCCCGCAAUGGUUGGCCAUUGGCGCCAUGCUGUCGCUAAUAUUCGGCGGUUGCUGCUCCAACGUCUUUGCGCUUGAGUCCAUCAUCAAGGUCGAGCCUGCAAGUGGAACGCUUUUGACUUUCGUUCAGUUCCUCUUCGUGGCUGCCAUUGGGCUUCCCGAGCAGUUCGACCCGAAGCGCCCGCCGUUCUUCCUCAAGCCGAAUAAGGUUCCAAUUCGUCGAUGGCUCGUCAACAUUAUUCUGUUCUUCAGCAUAAAUGUCCUCAACAACCAUGCUUUCAGCUAUGAUAUUUCUGUUCCGGUGCACAUCAUUCUGCGCUCGGGAGGUAGCAUCACAACAAUGAUUGCGGGGAGCUUGUAUGGCAAGAGAUACUCGCGGAUUCAAAUUGUUGCAGUGAUCCUCCUUACCGUCGGCGUUAUCACGGCUGCGUGGUCUGAUGCGCAGACCAAGGGGACGCCGACAGCUGAUAAACCCUCCAGCGCCGCAAGCUUUGGGACUGGGCUUGCGAUCUUAUUCAUUGCCCAGGUCCUGUCGGCCAUCAUGGGCCUUUACACUGAGGAGACAUACCGCAGAUAUGGGCCGCAGUGGAAGGAGAACUUGUUCUACUCGCAUCUUCUAUCCCUGCCUCUGUUCCUGCCCUUCCUCCCUUCCCUUACUAAGCAAUUCAUGAAGCUGGCCAACAGCGCGCCUCUCCAGCUUCCAACUCCGCAACUCUCGCUAGAAGAGUACCCUAACCUUGCGCCGAGCAUUCAGCGGGCGAUAGAGAGGAUCAAGAUUCCCAACCAGCUCUUCUACCUGGCGCUCAAUGUGCUGACUCAAUAUGCGUGUAUUCGAGGCGUCAACCUCCUGGCCGCCGCAUCCUCGGCCUUGACGGUGACGAUUGUGCUCAACAUCCGCAAACUGGUGAGCCUGCUGCUGAGUAUCUGGCUGUUUGGCAACCGGCUGGCAUUCGGGACACUCGUGGGCGCCGUAAUUGUCUUCUUUGCCGGAGGCCUAUACUCCCUCGAUGGGAAACGGAAGCCUCCCAUGAGAAGGGUGGCUCCCCGAUCCUGA